UGUCGCUCCGACAGGCAGCUGCAGUACCGAGAGAGGCUGACAACCGCGAGCAAGCGCACCAAGUCCGAAACGUAACAUUAAUCGAUUAAGUCAUUUACGUUAAAUAUAAUCAGAUCGGUUUAGUUAUUUUUUGCUUUUUAACGCGUUUAGUUUUCUUAGCCUGGAAUGACCGAUAGAGUUUGCGUUUAGCCAAUGCUUUCUGCGUGGGUUCCUGUUUUGUGGAUUAUCAUCCGUGGCUGCCGAAGCAGUGGUAGCAUGGUCGCGGCCGGAGGAGGCCCCUUUUUGCCGGAUGGAUGUGCGUGACUGCGAGCACCCGUGAAGACCCGACCCGACUGUCCGUAAUAAUCAUGCCCAGGUCUCGUCGGCAGCUGCGGGCGAACUCCUCUUGAAUGUUCGGGCUUCAUCGCCCUACCGACAAAGAGCAUUUCCUCACACGGCGAACAAUUUAUUCCUUGAAAACUGGACGCCCCCGGAGCAGUUUAUGACGACCCUGGUAGGAGCGUGAUGAGCGCACGCUUCCGCUUGCCUGCAGGCAGAUCCUACAAUGUCCGGGCGACGGAGCUGGAGCGAGACAGGCACCACACACAGGUUGUGUGCAACAUACUGCUGUUGGACAACACCGUCCAGGCAUUUAAAGUUAGCAAGUCCGAUCAUGGGCAGGUCUUGCAGGACGAUGUGUUCAAGCACUUGGAGCUGACCGAAAGAGACUACUUCGGACUGCACUUGACAGACGACUCCUCGGAUGUUCCACGCUGGCUGGAUCCCAACAAGCCCAUCAGGAAGCAGUUAAAAAGAGGUUCCCCCCACAACUUGAGCUUCAGAGUCAAAUUUUUUGUGACAGAUCCCAGUAAACUUCAGGAGGAAUAUACACGGUACCAAUAUUUUCUUCAGAUCAAACAGGACAUUCUAACUGGAAGAUUGCCCUGUCCUCACAACACAGCUGCACUCUUGGCUUCCUAUGCUGUUCAAUCUGAAUUGGGGGACUACAAUGAGACUGAGCAUCCUCUGGGCUAUCUAUCUGAGUAUUGCUUUAUCCCCAACCCACCUCAAGAUUUCCAUAAAGAGGUCGCCAAACAUCACCAGCAGCACAGUGGUCUAUCUCCUGCCCAGUCGGAGUUUAAUUAUCUGAACACAGCACGCACGCUAGAACUGUACGGGGUAGAGCUCCACUAUGCAAGAGAUCAGAGUAACACAGAGAUACUCAUUGGGGUGAUGUCUGCCGGCGUUGUAGUUUAUAAGAACAGGGUACGAAUCAACUAUUUCCCAUGGUUGAAAAUAGUCAAAAUAUCCUUCAAGUGCAAGCAGUUUUUUAUCCAGUUGAGAAGAGAGGCGACCGAGACCCGAGAGACGCUGCUCGGUUUCAACAUGGUGAACUACCGGGCCUGUAAGAACCUGUGGAAAGCCUGUGUAGAGCACCACACCUUCUUCCGGCUUGAACGACCCCUCCCGCCACAGAAGAACUUCUUCACUCAUUACUUUACCUUAGGCUCAAAGUUUCGCUACUGUGGAAGAACGGAAGUACAAUCUGUACAGUAUGGAAAGGAGAAGGGCAUCAAAGACCGAGUGUUUGCCAGAUCUCCCAGUAAGCCUCUGGCUAGGAAGCUAUUGGGGGAAACUGACUGGGAAACAGUGAGCAGGAAUAGCCUAUCAGAUGAAAGACUGGAGACCCAAAGCCUGCCAACCCGCUCGCCCCCCGGGACACCCAAUCAGAAUUCACUGUUUACACAAGAGGGUACGCGGCUACGGCCGUCGUCUGUUGGCCACCUGGUUGAUCAUGUGAUACACACGUCGCCGAGUUUGCCCGUCUUCUCCUCCAAUCACAAGUCGGCGUCCUCCACGCAGGCCAACAGUAUCAGCCUGGACUCCACCCCUUCUCCAGAAGGGGUGGACGGGCAACCUCCAGCUCUGCCCCCCAAGCAGCUGAGCAGGAAAACUUUGAGCCAGAUCAUCCAGGCUCACUCGCAGCAGAGCCUCCUGGACAACCACCUGAACGAGAUGUAUGAUGUUCCCGCCAACACUGACAAGACCACGCUAAAUGGAGUUGUUCCUCAUGAUAAUCUGGUCUUGAUCAAGAUGAGACCUGAUGAACAUGGACGUUUUGGAUUCAAUGUUAAGGGUGGAGCUGAUCAGAAAAUGCCAAUUAUAGUGUCCAGAGUUGCUCCUGGGACAUCAGCUGACUUAUGCGUGCCCCGCCUAAAUGAAGGCGACCAGGUGGUCUUAAUUAAUGGGCGGGACAUCUCGGACCACACCCAUGACCAGGUUGUCAUGUUCAUUAAGGCGAGUUGUGAAAGCCACUCUGGAGAGCUCAUCCUAUUGGUCAGGCCAAACGCUAUAUAUGACGUAGUGGAAGAGAAGGUGGACUCAGAACCAGAUUUCCAGUACAUCCCAGAAAAGUCCCCUCAGGACCCCACCCAGCUAGACCAGCAUGCUCUGAGGGACUCCAUGGUUGCGCUAAAGGACGGUCUAAGCAGCGGGGCCAUACUAGCCCAGUUUGAUCAACUUUACAGAAAGAGGCCAGGGAUGACCAUGCUUUGUGCCAAAUUACCUCAGAACGUUUCCAAAAAUCGCUACAGAGACAUCUCUCCUUACGAUGCCACGCGGGUCAUUCUAAAAAGCACAGAUGACUACAUCAAUGCAAAUUACAUUAAUAUGGAGAUUCCCGCCUCCAGUCUCAUAAACCGCUACAUAGCUUGCCAAGGUCCUUUGCCCAACACCUGCCCUGACUUCUGGCAAAUGACCUGGGAGCAAGGUUCGUCCAUGGUGGUCAUGCUCACAACGCAGGUUGAGAGGGGACGGGUGAAGUGCCACCAGUACUGGCCUAAUCCAGAGAGCAGUGCUACUUAUGGAGACUUCACUGUUACGUGCCACAACGAGGAAGGCAAUUCGGCCUUCCUGGUCAGGGAAAUGAACCUCAUGCACUCACAGAGUGAGCAGCAUAGAGAGCUGACCCAGAUCCAGUACUUGGCGUGGCCCGACCACGGUGUCCCUGAUGACUCCACUGACUUCUUGGACUUUGUGGCUUUGGUCCGGAGCAAAAGGACUGGACAGGACCAGCCAAUGGUGGUACACUGCAGUGCUGGGAUUGGUCGGACAGGUGUUCUGAUCACCAUGGAAACCGCCUUGUGUCUCAUGGAGUGCGGCCAGCCCGUGUUCCCUCUGGAAAUCGUCCGGACCAUGAGAGACCAGAGAGCCAUGAUGAUCCAGACACCCAGUCAGUACCGCUUUGUGUGCGAGGCCAUCUUGAAGGUCUAUGAGGAGGGUCUGGUACAACCGCUGACACCUACAGUCUACCAGCUCCGAGAGAAGGCUGAUGGAUUGCGGGAAGAGGAGGAGAAUACAGAAACGGAAGGCAUAGCGAAAGCAGGGGAUGAGGAAGCGACUGUGGCGGAGCUGCUGGAAGGAGGUUUGGACGAGGAGGAGGAGGACGACGACGACGAAGAAGUGGAGGUGCUCGAUGUCGGGGAGGUGACGGAAGACGAAGUGGAGGAGCCCAGCAUCGCCAGCGCCACCAGCGAGACCAGCGUGAACCCUGACCCCGAUCCUGACGAUCCGUGACACUUUUUGAGGUGAAGCAGGAACAUGAGGAGAGAACAAAACGCACUGUUGCACUUUAUGAUGAAAAAAAAAAAUUGGAAAGAACAAAUGGACAACAAACAGGAAACUCAUGGACAAGCAAUCCUGCCGUGUUGAUAAGGUACCAUUAGAAGCUGUUGUGUGUUCAGGUUACACACAAAGUCUACAAAAACGUGGAUGCUUUUGUGCCAUAAGUACCAAUGGGUUUGGGCUUUCCCGUGGAUGGAAAGCUUCCUGCCUCCCCCUCGGUCCCGUCGCCCCGCCCCGUUCGUGUGCGCGUCUGCCAGACAGACCUGCGGUUUUUUUAGUGUCCUUUUAGCUAAUACAGAGAUAAAACCUUUAUCUUUUGUCCCUCCCGAAGAGUAUUUAUUGUGUUUUAGUUGGUGUCGAACCUUUUCCACUGAUCAAAAAUGAGUUAUAUGUCGGUACCGAUUUAGAACAUCAUGCUUUCCCGGUUAGCUUUUAAGUAGUAGUCGGAUUCUUCUUAACUCAUCGCCUGCCAUCGACAGCAAUAGAUGUCCAAACCAUUUGUUCAUUCGCUGCCAGCCUCCGAGUUCAAAUAGAUUGGACGUCUACUAGUGAUAAACUAACUUAAAUUCAAUGUCAUAUCAGUCAUAUCAUCCUCAAUGGCAGCCAAUGAGUUAACGGAUUGGUUUAUUGUUUUGCUUUGUGAGGAUGAAAUAAGAAGUGAUUUAAUUUAUUGUUUUGAUUUUUCGCAUAUUUCUAGCUUCGGACUGACGGAUAGACAUUGGGAGAAAAAUUUAGCAUGGUGACUUUGGUUUAUUGUUUUGCAGGGGUUUUUUUUUUUCAGCGCAGGGAAGAACAAAACAGGUUCAAGAUCUUCAGGAUGCGUUCACUGGGGGAAGCCAUUUUUUAUUCAUUUGUGUGCAUGAAGCAGUUGAAGUCAAUGUCAGAUUAAAUUUAACCCCUGAAGUACUCAUCAAACACCCUCGUUGGAUGGCUCAGGGGAAUUCUUAAUACGAGUCGCAAGUCCUAAAAUUUGUGCAAAAUGGCUGCUUUAAAUAAAAAAAGGCCGACUUCCCGUUAAUUGUUUUACCAUGGGUCCGUUGAGACCAUAGAUAUUACAGAUACUCUAUAUAGAGCUAAAUGUGCCAAUCGGGAUGGUCCUUAAUCUUUAUCACUUGUUGGCCAUUUUGUGUCAGUGUCAUUUGUUUAUAGUCAAUGGAGCGUGUACUUUGUAAUUGCUAUAAAUUGCUCCAUUUUUUAAACUGUUUGGUUUUUCAUAAACCUCCCUAAAAAUGUAUGCAUUUUUUCAGAAUCUGGUGUGAAUCAUAGCAAUGUUAUGAACCAAACCGUUUGAAAAUCUCUCUAGGUUUCGGAGUUAAAAGUAAUUUAGGUGAGAAACUCUUGGAUGCGAAAGAAAAAAAAAAACACCAGAGACGUCCACAGAUUUAACAUUGUGGUUACUAAACCGUUGCCUAUUCGCAUCUAGCUCUGUAUAUGUGAUGUCUAUGGUUGAGGCGUUUCCAGCUGUCCUGUAUUCAGAUGUCCAACCAAUUUCGUUAUUUUCCUGGGGUACCAAAGUGAAUUUUUUGGGUGUUAAUCCUUUAUAAGGCAAGUGACCACGAGGCAUCACGAUUAGCAUUUGGUAUACAAGUAUGGCCUACAUGACCCAAAAUUUGCUGUCGACGAAUGUGGACGCCAGGUCGCAAUUAUUAAAUAUACACUAUAUUUUUGUUCUAUUAUUCCUUAUUGCAUUAUUCUUCUAUAUAUUUUUUUAUAUAUAGGGAUGUCCCGAUUGCAUAUUUUUGCACCCGAGUCAGUCACCUGAUUUUCAGAAUCUGCCAAUACAGAGUCCUGGUCCGAUACCGGUAUUUAAAAUUUUUUUUAUAAUUUGAACAAAAGUUCCAAACAUGUUACAGUAGUGUACUGUUUACAGUACUUUCUCUCCCUCUUUUUAUGGGAGUGUUGCAAAAAACAUACAUACUAUUGUUUCUCUUGGCAAUGCCAUUGUAUUCAUUGAUUAUUUUGGUAGUUUUUAGCCCUUGAUUGUCUUUUUUUUUUUUUUUUUUUUUUAAUUUAAAAACCCGAUCUUUUUACCCAAUUCGGAUCCCCUGAAAAAUUGGCCCAAUCUCCAAGCACAUGAUCAGAUCGUCGACAUCCCUAUUUUUUAUUUUAUUUUUUUUUCAUUAAUAAAAUAUUAAUUAAAAUUAAAAUGACUAUAACAAGAAAUACACACUGGUUAUGGCCCCCAAUAACAUGCUUUUUAAAUUUAGAUUUUUAAAAAAAUAGUAUUUAACUUAUUUUAUGCCGUUGACAACGAUAAAUGCUAAUUCAUUUAAACUGGAAUUUCUAACUCUAGUUUCAGUGCAAGUGACGUCAACUGACGUCCUGGAGAAUGCUAGCAAACCUCUGAUCAAAAUUUAUUCGCAGUGUAGCGGCAUCACUGGCAUCCGAUGAGUUAAAUAAGUGCCCGAUAAAGGACCCCUAAAAAAAUUAAUAUAUAAAUGGAUGUUCCUCCUUUAUUCCCAAUGAGUGGAGCCAUUUGGCUAUCCAUCCAGAUGAAAAACAAACGGGUCACACUAUUGAAAUCACACAAAGUCCCCUUUGGAUUUUUUCCUAUUUGUAACAUGCAGCACUUCAAAAUAAUAAUAAUAAUAAUUUAAAAAAUAAUAUUUGAAUAUCUCUUGGUACAUUUCAAGCUAGUUUUGUUUUUUGGUAGUCGUGUACACCAGCCCAAGUGAUAAAUUCCACUGUGGACUUUUUAACUUAUUUCAGACACCAUGAUUAUUUUUGACUUUUUUUCAUUGAGUGGUUUACCGUUGUUGCUAGUUGUAUGUAAAAGUUCAUCGCAUUUUUUCCAUGACUGGAUGAAUUUAAUCCCAAGCUUCCGUUUUUGGUUCUCUACAGUUGCAUCUCAAUAAAUUAGAAUACACAGAAAUUUCAGUUGUGUCAAUUGAACAUGCCCAUUCAUCCAUUAUCUGGAUUAAACACUUGAGCGUGCUACACAGUUUACCUUUGUGCAGUCAUUAAAAAAAAACUGAACAUCUGUUACCAUGCCCCCAUUAAUCCACAAAUCUGAAAUUUCACAAUGAAUACAUUUUCAGACAUGUUGAAAUGAAAAGAAACACAGAAUGUGACAUAACAAGUCAUAAUGAUUUCUCACACAACAGGUUUUGGACAGGCAUUUUCCUUCAGUGAAAUCUCACGGGAUGAGAUCUCACGAGACUUGAAUUGAAACACGCUUAAAUUGCAAUUAUACUUUGCCUCCCAAAAAUUAAAGUAUCACUUUUAUUUUGCGAAAAAACGAAUGGAUAGGCAGCUAUUGCCACCCAGCCUGAAAUAUUUCAUAUUUGCUUUUAAAUCCAUCAAGAUUGACGCAAAUAUGUCUCAAAGUGUGGUAAGAGUACUACCAGUGGUACAUGGGCUCCUUUUAGUGGUACGCAAAAGAUUCAUACAACAUUUUUAAAUCUACAACAGUGCAUUUAUCAACUACAGUUUGGAUGUAUUUAACUUAUAACAAUGAACCACAUUUAAUGUUCAAGAACUUUCGUUUCAAAUGUUUAACAAGAACCUAUUCAAUUUAACUCGAUCCUUAAGUACCAUUUUACAGUGGUAUAAAAAAAGUCUGAACCUUUUAGAAUUUCUCACAUUUCUGCAUGAAAUCACCAUCAAAUGUGAUCUGAUUUUUAUCAAAAUCACACAGAUAAAAAAAAAAGUGUCUGCUUUAACUAAAACCACCCAAACAUUUAUAGGCUUUUAUAUUUUAAUGAGGAUGGUAUGCAAACAAUGAUAGAAAGGGGGGGGGGUAAGUAAGUGAACCAUAACAUUUAAUAUUUUGUGCCCCCCUUUUGGCAGCAAUAACUUCAACCAGACGCUUCCUGUAGCUGCAAAUCUGUCUGGCACAUCGAUCACUACAAAACUGCUAUAGUUCAGUCAGAUUCGGGAAGUCUGGCAUGAACCGCUGUCUUUAGGUUAUGCCUCAGCAUGUCAAUGGGGUUCAAGUCUGGACUUUGACUUGGCCACUCCAGAACUAAUAUUUUGUUCUUCUGAAACCAUUCUGAAAUUGAUUUACUUCUGUGUUUUGGAUCAUUGUCUUGUUGCAGCAUCCAUCCUCUUUUUAGCUUCAACUGUCUGACAGACGGCCUUAGGUUUUCCUGCAAAACAUCCUGAUAAACUUUUGAAUUCAUUCUUCCAUUAAUGAGUGCAAGUUUUCCAGGCACUGAGGCAGCAAAACAGCCCCAAAUCAUGAUGCUCCCUUCACCAUACGUCACGGUGGGGAUGAGGUGUUUAUUUUGGUGAGUUGUUCCAUUGUUCUCCCACACAUGAUGUUGUGUGUUACUCCCAAACAAUUCAACUUUGGUUUCAUUGGUCCACAAAAUAUUUUGCCUAAUCUUUUGUGGAGUUUCCAAGUGCCUUUUUGCAAACAUUAAAUGAGUAACGAUAUAUAUAUAUAUAUAUAUAUAUAUAUAUAUAUAUAUAUAUAUAUUUAUUUAUUUAUUUUUUUUUUGACAGCAGUGGCUUCCUCCAUGGAGGUCUCCCAUGAAUACCAUCCUUGGUCAUAGUUUUACAUAUAGUUGAUGUGUGCACAGAGAUAUUGGACUGUGCCAGUGAUUUCUGUAAGUCUUUAGCAGACACUCUAGGGUUCUUUUUGACCUCUCCGAGUAUUCUGCGCUGAACUCUUGGUGUCAUCUUUGGUGGACGGCAACUCCUUGUGAGAGAAGCUCCAUUUGUAGACAACUUCUCUGACUGUUGAGUGAUGAACAUCCAGACUUUUAGAGAUGGUUUUGUAUUCUUUCCCAGCUUUAUAAAAAUCAACAAUUCUUGAUCGCAGGUCAUUAGACGCCUCUUUUGACCGAGCCAUGAUGCACAUCAGACAAUGCUUCUCAUCAAGACAUUUCUUACCAGGUGUGUAUUUUAUAGUGGGCAGGGCAGCUUCAAACCACUCAUCAGUGAUUGGGCACAGAACUGACUUAAAUUGUUUGGUAGAAAUUGGUUUCAAUUGCUCUUUAAGUCUCCUUAGGGAGAGGGUUAACUUAUUUAUUUUCCCCCUUCUGUCAUUGUUUGCAUGCUAUCCUCAUACCUAUAAAUGUUUGGGUGGUUUUAGUUAAAGCAGACACUGCAUUUUCAUCUGUGUGAUUUUGAUCAGAUCACAUUUGAUAGUGAUUUUAUGCAGAAAUUUUAAAAAUUCCAAAGUUUCAGAUACUUUUCAUACCACUGUAUGUAUUAAUUCUUAAAUCUAAGUGCAGCGGUAAUGCUCAAACUGUGACUUAUAAAAAUAACUAGAAACUCUUGAAUUUUUUUUCGUCAACAAUUUGGCCUAGUCCACUAACAUUUUAAAUUCUUGCCUGCCAACCCUGUGCAGUCCAUUUUGACCUGGAGGGUUGGCAGCCAUCUUGCUGUAUAAUGUUUUAAGAACCACUGGUCAAAAAAUGACGCUCCACAACCCUUUUUUGACAUAGUUUGUGGCACCCAGGUGCCUCAAGAUGGUGCCAUGUUACAACUUUGUCUUUAUUUAGCACAUGCUUGUCAUUUAACGUCGUUCAUCGACACCAAGGUAACGCAAAGCAAUAUUUUUAUUGCAUUAGCAUGAGGAAAAGAUCAACACAAACAAUCUACACAAUAAAAUUGAACUACUGAAAUACAUUUUCCAACAUAUUUAUCUAUUUCAUUGAGAUGCAUUUGUAUAGCCCCUCUCCUUGUUCACAUUUGAAUAUUUGGAGCUGUCUGUUCUAAGCCUGCUUGUCUUUAAACUGGAAUGGAACAUGGUGCCAUAAAAAAAUUUUGUUCUUCUUUUAAAAGUUUUUUUUUUUUUAAGUCUGCUAUAAGAAACCGGCCUAGUGGUGCUUUUCGUAGUUGGUUCCCCUGUCAAAAGUUUUUGUUCUCCUUCAAAAACUCAACUGCCUCGCACAGCACAUAUCAUCCAGCUUGUCAUGCUUUAGAUCGCUCUCUCGCUUCUUUUCAAAAAGAACGACACUACUUUGCUUCCUUCCAGCUAACUUCCCAUUCAGCAGGCAAGUUGGUCAUUUUUUUUAGUGACUUUAAUGAGACACGAACAAAACAUUUGAUAUUUUAUCAAGAAAUAAAACACUUGCCACUAAAGAGGGAGAGUAUACGACUGUACCAAACACUUAGCGAGGAGCUUUUAUGAAUGAAAUGUUUUAUGACUCAUAAUUGGUGCAUUUUGGGUACUGAUCAAAGGUAGUUUUAGUGGGGUUCAGGAAUGGUAUAGCUGUACUUUUUGCAAAGAUGAAACCUGUUUUAGAAUGCUAGGAAAAGGGCAGCACUUUGUAGAAAUGCUGAGUGGCAAGUAGUGCUACUGAAAAAAAAUCUUUUUUUUUUUUUUUUUUUUUAGAAUUUAUUUCCAUUUGUUUAAUAUAAGGACACAAGUAGGGGGUAAAGAAAAGACCUUCUAACUACACAGUGCCACUUGUUAAUUUUGUGUAAAUAAUGCUAGACCCUGUAAAUACAAUGUUGUAUAUUAAAAAAAAAAUCUUUAAAAUAAAAGGGAAAAUCAGUUGUGAUUUUGUUGUUGGUUUCCUCUGGAUGCUUCAAAUGUUCCACUAUUGGUGUGUACUUUCAAUCCUCUUGAUUUGAUUUGAUACGAUCUAUAACAGCGAGUAUGCUACAUCCCCCGAUGUUUUAUCUUUUAAAUGAAGCUUUUUGUGUGUCGUACAAUUGUAUUGUUUCUUUGACUGGAACCCUGGUUUUACUGGUGCUUUGGACGUGUCUCUAAGCUUGAUUGUGAACAAUUAAAGCUUGUCUGUCAAAGCAUGGAGAUGUCACUUCAGAUCACCUUGCUUUUACUCGCCGCAAAAGUAAGGUAAAGACAAGUGAUUCAGAUCAAAUGAUAAUUGUAGAAGUGGAUAGUUAUGUGUAAAUUGCAGGUUUUUAGUGUAUAUAGUGAGGAGCAGAAGUAUUUGAACCCUUUGUGAUUUUGCAAGUUCACCCACUUAGAAAAUAGGUAGAGGUCUGAGAUUUCAAUCACUGAUGCAUUUCCGCUCAUAGAGACAUAAUCUAAAAAAAAAAUCCAGAAAUCACAUCGUAUGAUAUUUUAAAUUAUUUGUAAUUUACUGGGGUUUAUAAAUACCGUAUUGGCCCGAAUAUAAGACGGUGUAUUUUGCAAGCAUUGAAAUAAAACUGAAAAAGAGGGGGUCGUAUAUUCGCGGUCUAGACAUUCUACCCAUUCACGACACUAGAUGGCGCCAGAUAUCAUUGAAGCGAUGUUCUGUCAUGACAACUCUCAGCUACUCUCCCCAUUCACGAUGCUAGAUGGCGCCAGAUAUCAUUGAAGCGAUGUUCUGUCAUGACAGCUCUCAGCUACUCUCAAGUUUAACCAGUUUGCAUUGUUUUAUUGCAAUGUUUUUCCUUUUUCAGAUUUGUUUCAAGACUACAAGUAGACUUCACUUUGAUGGUUAAUGCAGUUAUUGCAAUUUUGUUGUUAUUUACAUUUCAAAAACCAGAAGCCAUUCAUUUACGAAUGUGAUUGCACUUUACGUAUUUAAAUGUUCAGAUAUUAAGAUUUGAAUGAGGCAAAAUAACAUGCGUUUUCUCUCAAAUAUAUUGUUAUAAUCAUUUGUUUCGGAUGUACUUUAUUUUCUGUAUCAAAAUUUGGUGUUCGAAAAGUCUUUUUUCAAACUUGAGUCUUGAAAAAGAGGGGGUCGUCUUAUAAUCAGGGCAGUCUUAUAUUCGGGCCAAUACGGUAUUUGUACCCAUUAGAAAAUCAGUGCUACUAUUUAGUGCAGAAGCCUUUGUUUGCAAUUACAGAGGUCAGUUGCUUUUUGUAGUUCUUCACCAGGUUUUCACAUAUGGAAACAGGGGUUUUGGUCCAUACCUCCACACAAAUCUUCUCUAGAUCUGUCAGGUUUCGGGGCUGUUGUUAAGAAACACGAAGUUUUAGCUUCAUCCAAAGAUUUUCUAUUGGAUUGAGGUCUGGAGACCGGCUAGGCCACUCCAGAUCCUUGAUAUGCUUUUUACGCGGCCACUUCUCUGUCAGCUUGGCUGUGUUCUUCGGAUCAUUGUCAUGUAAGAAGAUCCAGCCAUGAUUAAUCUUCAAGUCUCUGACUGAGGGGAGGAGGUUGUGGCUUAAAAUUUGACGAUACAUUUCACCAUUCAUCCUCUGCUUUAUACAGUACAGUCGUCCUGCCCGCUGUGCCGAAAAGCAGCCCCAAAGCAUGAGGUUUCCACCCCCAUACUUCACAGUGGGGAUGGUGUUGGGUCUUGGGAUUGUACUAAAACUCCUUUUUCUUGCACACACGACGAGUAAAGUUUGGACAUAACUUUCUCCUAUGAUGACCCCUUUGCGUCAUUCAGAUGGUCCCUGGCAAACUUCAGACGGGCCUUAACAUGUACUGGCUUCAACGGGGGAACCUUCUGAGCAAUGCAUGACUUUAGGCCAGUGUUUUUCAACCUUUUCUGAGUCACGGUACAUUUUUACAUGGGAAAAAAAACGUCGCAGCACACCACAAACCAAAAGUGUUCCAGAAUCUUAAAUUAUCCCAAAAUUUCUCAAUAUUUAUUCUAACUCAGUGUGACUUGAGCCUGUUUAGAUGAACACAAAGCAGAUAUCCUGGCUGAAAUUGAAGAAAGACGCACACGAAGCUCUUCUUUAACAGCUCUUUCUCAGUUUUUAUUUUUUUAUCGCAGUUAGGCUUGAAAAGCUCAGACUUAUCGGACACGGGGACUUUAUCAAUGUCUUUAACCGCAUCAGGACCGAGCAUCUCGCUGACAAUUACUUUUGCAGGCAGGUAGUAUUAAUUUCUCUGCCACAGUGUGGGACUUUUUGAAUUUAGCAAAAAGUUCAGUAACAAGGUAACUGGCUUUGAUGGCUUUCUUAUUUACCUUUGUAAGUUGCCUGCUUCUCUGUUGUCACAUAGGCAAACAAAACAGUCCAUCGACUUGUUUUGAAGCGACGGGCGUUUCGUUUGGAGAUGACGUUUAAGCUUGCUUGGCACCAUGGCGCUGUUGGAGAGUUUCUUGUGUCGCAUUCAAGAACUGCUCUGAUUUCUAGCCAUCGGCCACCUUGCCGUCCUCGAGAAUGUGUUGGAACAAAACACAGGGGGAGGAUUGACGGUCGUUACAUAUGGAAAGGACACUUUCGUGUAUAUCGACACUUGACCAGUGUAAUCCAGUGAUGUACAGUAGACGUGCUGGGGUCCACAUUGUCGCGGACAGCAAGGUGGCUAGAAAUCCGAGCAGUUCUUUAACGCGACACGAGCAAUACCUCGCUCAUUUGCACACAACCGAAACCUACCUAGUCCUUCCUUCCUUCCUUCUACAACUUCAACCGAUGACGUAAAAAAAAAAAAAAUGCAAUAUUGGAUAAUUUCUCGCGGCACACCUGACAAUCUCUCACUGGACACUAGUGUGCCGCAGCACACCGGUUGAAAAACACUGCUUUAGACCAUUGCACUGUAGUGUUCUACUGACAGUAGCCUUUGAAAUUGUGCAUCCAGCUCUCUUCAGGUCAUUGAACAGCUCCUGCCGCGUUGUUCUAGGCUGAGCCCUCACUUUAUUCAUCAUGAGUGAUGCCCCACGAGGAGGGAUUUUACAUGGAGCCCCAGCCUAAGGUCAUGUUUAGCCUUUUCCAUUUUGUAACAAUUGGUGCAACUGUUGAUUUAAUCUCACCACCCUGCUUUCCAGUUGUCCCAUAGCCUUUUCUAGCUUUGAGGAGCCCAACAUUUUUUUUCUCUGGUGUCUUUAGAAAGCUCUAUGGUCUUGCCUAUGGUAGCUGUUAGAUUAUGACUGACUGUGGGGUGCAUAGGUGACAAUAAUAAACUCAAAAAAACCCCAAACAAACAAAAAAAAAAAAAAACCAAAAAAACGUUGGUGGGUUACUCAUCUGGUAAAUGUGGACUUUUUAAAAGGUAGACUGACAGCUCUUUGAGUGUCAUAAUUAUUGCUGCUUCUCAGGGGUACAAAUACCUAUGAACCUCAGUAAGUUACAAAUAAAUUAUUGAAAAAUCAUACAAUGUGGGUUCCGUAUUCAGUUUUUUCUUUUUUUUCUUUUCUUUUUUUUUUUUUUUUAAAUUACGGUAGAUUAUGUCUCUGAGUGGAAAUGCAUACUCUACCUAUUUUCUAAGUGGGUGAACUUGCAAAAUCACAAGGGGUGCAAAUACUUCUGCUCCUCACUGUAUAUGAAAACAGGACCACGUUAAUUCAUUUUAAAAAAUAAGAGGGAAGAAACGUGUUUAUAGGUCAAAUUAACUCAUUCACUGCCACUGACAGUGAUGAAAAUUAAUCCAUUUGAACAUGGGUGGCUCUUGGUGAUCGAGGUCCGAUUCAUUUGGAUUGGACGUCAAUGGCAGUCAAUGAGUUAAUAGAACCAUAGGCAGGGGUGAAAGUGGGCCAGAACGGUCAGGAACGCAGUUCCGGUAUAAGAUUCAGGGCCGAAAUGCUGUUCCUGUAUAAGAUUCAGGGCCGGAAUGCUGUUCCGUUACAUGGUGCUUUGAUUCCGAAAAUAUGAUGGCAACUGUCAAAACGCUAUGUAAAAAAAAAAGCAUCUCCAAGAAGAAAACAAUCUAGCAACAUCAUAUUUACAUACACAAGUGUUAACAACAAGCAUAAUAAAGUGCUUGUGUAGCGUAAUCCGUUCCCACCAAUAUUUAUUAUUUAUUCCUUGGACGGCAUGGAGGCUUCCCCAGCUGCUGCAGUUAUCGGAGUCAGACGAUGAUGAGUCACGUCAAUGUGCACGCAGCAAAGCAAAACGACUUGACUCAUUUAUCCGUUCAAUUGGCUGACAUACUGACAUGUGAUCAGCAGAGAUAGUUAGCUCUGAUUGGUUCAAAUGUGCACGUCUCUGGAACAGCUAAAAAAAAAAAAGGUUGUUGAAUUGAUGCGACAAAAAAAGGGCAAUGCAACAUAAAAUGGAUCAAAUCUUUAAGAGCAACGAAAGAGGUGAGGAGGCUUAUUUAUCAUAUUUAGUUUGAUUUGUUCUGAUGGGGAGGUUCAGAACAUCUUAGCUGUCAAUGUGCACUUUGGACUUACAUUUCUUCAUUUAUGUUAGGCUACUUAUUCAUUUCCUUAUGAUUUUAAAAAGUCAAUGUUUGCCCGAUCUUCAAAAUAUAUUCCGUUUUACUCGGCAUAAUAAAAGUCAUUUGUACUUAUUUUUCUGAAUGUAUGUUACUUAUACAUUAACUUCAAUUUUAAUAUACCUCCUAUGUUCUUAAGUCAUUAAAAUUUAGAUUUGGCAUUUGGUAUGUGAAGAAAUGAGGGAAAAUAAAAAUUAGGAGAUGGAGGUUGGGGUUAUUGCUGU